UUUUCUUUUCUUGGCUGAUGUUUUAAUUAGACGGACCCCAUUCUCCAUAUAUUCAUUCAUUUUUAUUUUAUUCAACUUAUCUGUUAUCGGUGUAUAUAUCAUCCAAACCAUCAUCAUCAUCAAUCAAAAGAGUUAUAUAUCAUUUAGUAUAACACAUGUCUUCUAAUACGAGCUAUUACCGAUCGCCGUUUGGAGAUACGACCUUCACGAAAGUGUUCGUCGGAGGCUUAGCAUGGGAGACACCAACCGAUGAAAUGCGUCGUUACUUCGAUCAGUUUGGAGAGAUUCUUGAAGCAGUCAUCAUCACGGACAAGACCACAGGAAAAUCUAAAGGCUAUGGUUUCGUCACGUUUCGUGAGCCAGACUCAGCGACUAGAGCAGUGGUCGAUCCAAAUCCUGUGAUCGAUGGAAGAAAGGCAAAUUGCAAUAUUGCGUCUUUUGGACGGCCACGACCAUCGACGCCUAGAGGGAGAGGACAAGGAGGAAGCCCUAGUCAGUAUCAAGGCGGGGGACAAUCAGGCUAUACCGGAAUGGCUGCUCCGCUGCAGCAGGCUGCAACUGCCCAGCUCAUGUAUCCGCCGUACGGGUACAGCUACAAUUCUGAAUAUGGGUACCACCAAGCAUUAUACAACACACAACUCCAACAAGCACAAUACUAUCAACAGCAAAUGUACGGUGGAGGGGCAACAUCACCAUCGUCGUCCAACAUCAUGCCUUCUCCUUACUAUUACCUCCAAACUCCAAGCCCUAGACCAUAUCCUCAUCAACAUUAUCAGCAUUAUGCUCAUCAUAUUCAUCAGCAGCAGCAGCAACAAGAACGCUUACCUUCUGCGUCUUCUUACCUAAUCUACCCAUCCAAUUUCGAGGCUCCUACUACUACCUCUAAUGCCCCUACUUCCCACGAGCCAAUAUCUUCUCCCACUGAAUCACAAGCAACACAUCAAGUCUCAGGAGGAGGAGAAUUCGAUGCAACGGAUGCACCUGCAAGUACAACAAGGAACAGAGAGUUGGCAUCAUCUUCGUGAUCAAGUGCAUCUCCAACUUGUACAAUCUUUUGACAUUUUUUACGCUCUCUUUCUCUUCAUCCAACUAAGAGAAAAAGCUAAUUCGUUUAUUUUCUCAACCAAAUCCAUGUAUGUCUUAACAUGACUGCCAAAAUAAAGAUGGCUCUCUCUCUUGUCAUGUUUUCCUUUUUCUUUUUUUUUUGACGGAAUAAUAUAAUAAGUCGACUUUGAUAUUC